UGAUCUGAUUUUUUUAUUCGGGCAAUCAACGGAACUCUCAAGUGGGCAUCAUCAACCCUGGAACUGCGUUUAACAUGGCGGCGCAGAUGGCGGUAAAUUCAGGAGCCAGUCUGUGGGGGCCGCUUAAGGAGCUAUGGGAGACGGUGGAGGGAGCGGUGUGGAGGAAGCAGGCAGAGAGUGUCCAUCUGCUGGACCUGCAGCUCAAGAAACACAAACCACACUUCCUCAAGCUGUUCCAGAACCCGCCCAAGAGCUCCGAGCAGAGGGAGAAGGUGCGGAAGGCCAGCACAGAAGGCAUAGCCAUCCAGGGCCAACAGGGGGCACGCCUGCUGCCCGAGCAGCUCCUCUCUGAGGCUUUCAUCCUCAGCGACCUGUUUGAACUUGGAGAACUGGCCGCUCUGGAGCUGUUAUUGGCAGGAGAGCACCAACAACCUCACUUUCCUGGUUUGACCCGAGGGCUGGUGGGUGUGCUUCUCUACUGGGAUGGCAAGCGAUGUGUCGCCAACUCUCUGCGCACACUCAUCCAAUCACGCCACGGCAAGACCUUCACCCUGGACCUUAGUGGGGAGUUGGUGUCCCUGACGACGCGUUUCACCGAUGAGCUGAUGGCAGAGGGGCUGACCAAACGAAUCCUGAUGCUGGUCUCAGACAUCAAUGUGAACAAAGAGUUUGAGCGACUGCAGAAGGAGAGGGGCCUCGGCAAUGAGAAACACAGGAAGGAGGUUUCAGACCUCAUCAAAGAAUGCCGGCAGUCCCUGGCAGAGUGUCUGUUCGCCUGGACCUGCCAGUCACCUCUGAGCAAGGAUGACACACUAGCCUUGAUUGGCCACUUGGAGACAGUAACGCCAGAAGCUGAUGGCUCAUUGGACAGUGUGAACCUGGCUCUGGUUAUGGCCCUUCUCUACUGCCUGGAUGUCAGCUUCCUGGAGCAGGCAACUGAGGAUCGAGAAGACCUGUUGCAGGCAAUGCCACUGCUGACCGAACGGGACUACGUGAGUGCGGUUCACACACAUCUGGUGGAGGGUCAGACCUGGAAGCUUCCGGGGCUCCAGGCCUUGGUGAGGCUGACCUGGGCGCUGUCUCUACGGGCCCUCUCACAGCUGCCACAGGGAUCAGCUCUUGUGGAGUACACAGAAGCAGAUGAGGCACUGGCCGACCAGGCUCUUCUGGGCGGGGUCUUCCUCUUCCUCACAGAGGGCGUCUUGGGGUGCGAGGGCUUCACCCAGGAGGAGUUCUACACACGGCGGCUGCACGCACUCAUCACAGACUUCCUGGCACUCAUGCCCAUGAAGGUGAAACAACUGCGUAAUCGUGCUGAUGAGGAUGCUCGUCUUGUACACAUGGCUCUUCAGAUGGGCAGUGAGCCACCUGCCUCCGUCCGCAAAGACCUGGAACACCUUAUGAUACUGAUCGGUGAGUUCUACAGUAAAGACCCGGCCAAUCUGGAGUUGGGUCUGGAGUUCUGGUGCCCCUCGGAGUCUCUCCAGCACACCUCACUCAUGGGAUCAUACAUGAGCAUGGCCAUGCAGAGACCGCCCCACAAACAGGUGGUGUUGUCCAAGUUUGUGCGUCAGAUGGGAGACCUGUUGCCUGCCACCCUCUACAUCCCCUACCUGCGCAUGCUAAAGGGCCUAGCCAACGGCCCUCAGUGUUCCCAUUACUGCUUCAGCCUGCUCAAGACCAAUGGAGCCCCGCAUGGUGAGGGGGCGGUAUCGGGCAGCCCGGUGUCGUGGGAGCACUUUUUCCACUCUCUGAUGCUGUACCAUGAGAACCUGCGUCGAGACGUGCCCAGCACACACACCUCGCAGUACCGUCCCACCCCCAUCAGAGGGAUUACACAGAGAGAGAUGGACGGGCUCACAUCUUUCCUGCAGCUGCUCACCACCAUCAUAACAUGGAGUGAGAACGCCCGUCUGGCUCUGUGUGAGCACCCCCAGUGGACUCCAGUGGUGGUCAUGUUGGGCCUGCUGCAGUGCAGCGUGCCCCCGGUUCUGAAGGGCUAUGUUCUCAAUGUCCUCGCCGCCUUCGCCAAGUCCCCCGAGAUCGCCGCCUCGCUCUGGCAGUCGCUCGAGUACACACAGAUCCUGCAGACAGUGAGAACACCUGGACAGAGACAAGCAGUAGGCAUAGAGGUGGAGCUGAAUGAGAUCGAGUCUGGUUGUGAGGAGUACCCCAUGUCGCGGGCAUUCUGCCAGCUGAUCAGCUCGCUGGUGGAGAGCGCUCUGCCUGUGAACCUGGGCGCAGGCAUGCGGGCACCAGGCUUCCAGCCUUACCUCAGCUUCCUCAGGGACGCCGUGUUCCUGCGCUUCCCCACCAGAGCCUACCGACGCCCCGCCGAGAAGUGGGAGGUAGCAGAUGCUGUGUUGGAGGUCUUCCAUAAACUCCUGCGUGACUAUGAGCCUCAGCCGGCAGACUUCCUGCCUGAGUCUGUGGAGGUCAGCGGGGAGAUCAUGGCGUCCCAUAAGCCCCCGGGGUACAGCCUGAUGUUCCACCUGCUUAACGACUCACCCACACUCGCCCUCUGCCUCAGCCUGCUCCAGGAGGGAGUCCGACAGCUUGACACAUACGCUCCCUUCCCUGGUAAGAAGCAUCUGGAGUCGGCGGUGUUGCACUGUUUGUGUCUGCUGGAUCUGGCCCUACAGAAGCAGGCCUUAUUCAUGGACCUGCUGAGAGAGAGUCAGGCCUCACUGCUGGUGUCGCCCUUAGAACAGCUACUGCAGGGCGUCAGCGCACACACGCGCAAGGCCGACCACAUCACCAGCAUCGCCAGGUACCUGUACCACAGCAGCACCAACCCUGAGGCAGCCUUCCAGAGUGCUAACAUCCUGAGGCGCAUUGCCCGAUACCCCAACAUUCAGAGCAGAAUGGUGGGAGACUUUACACAUGAUCAGGUUGUGAGUGAGAAGCUGAUGGCAGGCUUUGUGGAGUGUCUGGACAAUGAGGAGGCAGAGGAAGGAGUUGAGAAUAUCGGAGAGGUGGACCCAGAGAAGAGUGUGGCGCGGAUCCGGCACGAGACGCAGGUGCACAUCCUCAGCCUGCUCAUCACCUCACUGGACCUGCCCACUCCCAACCUGGCCCUUUACCUGCUGGGCUACGAGGUCAAGAAGCCUGUGUCCUCCACCAACCUUCAGGACCCAGGAGUGUUAGGCUGUCCACGUAGCUGCCUGCAUGCCAUCCUGAGUCUUCUGCAGAGAGGCAGCGAAAGACGAUCUGGACCCGAAAUCACACAGCAGGCACCACACCUCGCGGAGCUCUGCUACCAGGUCAUCUACCAGCUGUGUGCGUGUUCAGAGACGUCAGGCCCCACCAUGCGAUACCUGAGGACCAGCCAGGACUUCCUGUUCUCACACCUGCAGCACCUGCCCUUCAUUGUGUCAGGUAAUGAAAUCGCCAGUCUAUCCCAGAUGUCAUGGCUGAUGAAGACGGCCGCCAUCGAGCUCAGGCUGACAUCACUGAACCGCCAGCGCUCACACACACAGAGACUACUCAACCUUCUGCUCAACGAUCAGCCACACACACAACACACAGCCGACAGCGAGUUUGGAAUGGAGGAGGACAGCAGCUCAGUCAGUGGCUUCCUGCACUUUGAUACAGUUUCUAAAGUGCGCCGGAAGUUGCUGACUGUGCUGGACGCUAUCAACUUCAGCCAGGAAGUGCCUGAGCUGCUGCAGCUGGACUUCUUUGAGCGCGCUCAGAUUGAACAAGUCAUCUCCAACUGCGAGCAUGUCAAUGAGCAAGGACAUACCGUCUGCAACGUCAAGCUGCUUCAUAGGGUUCUGGUUGCUGAGGUGAAUGCCCUUCAGGGGAUGGCUGCUAUUGGCCAGAGACCCCUCCUCAUGGAGGAGGUGAACUCCAUCCUGACGCAGGUGGUGGAGCGCAACCGCGUGCGGCGCAGCCUGAGUGCCAAGCGGCACGCGCUGCAGAGCUGGAGGUCCGUGGUGGAGACCAUCCUCACCGCCUGCCCAGCCGACCUCAUUACCACAGACCAGAGACAGCUCAUCAUACGAGACCUACUGCUGGACCUGCACGACAAGGUUCUGGCUGAAGAUGCAGCUGUGGAACUGAUGCCAGUGGUGGCGGGGGCGGUCUUCACUCUCACCGCCCAUCUCAGCCAAUCAGUGCUUUCUGAACAGCAGCAAGGGGCGGGGCUAGAGGGAGGGGCCCCAUCAGGAUUUGCGUCCAUUGCUAACUCUGCCCUCCACCUGAUCCUGCGGAAGCUUCUAGACUUCAUCCUGUGCACAGGUGGUGGUUUUCAGAGGCUGCGUGCUCACCUGUAUGGUUCUCUUCUUUACUAUCUGCAAAUUGCCCAGAAACCAGAGGAGCCGGAUACGCUACAGUCAGCGGCCAGCGGCAUGUGGUCCCGUCUGAUGGCUCCUGAGGACGGCUUCAGCCAGCUGCAGAGGGAGAGUCUGGCCAUCAUCGAGAGCUACGGCACCACCCUCAUGGAGGUGGUGUGCAGGGAUGCCUGCGAUGGCCACGAGAUUGGCAGGAUGUUGGCUCUGGCGGUGCUGGACCGCAUCCUCUCCAUAGACCGCCAGUCGCAGUGGCUGCUGUUCGUGUGCAACAGUGGCUACCUGCGCGUUUUGGUGGAGAGUCUGCGACAGGACGAUGCCGCUCUGCAGACCUUACUGUGCCCCCAGCCCCCCCUGCUCAAACCCCUCUACAUAUACGAGUCCAAGAUGGCACUGUUGACGCGUGUGGCGAAGUCGGUCCAGGGUGCGGUGGAGCUGCUGCGCUGUGGGCUGGUGUCACAGCUCGUAGAGUGCCAGGUGUUCCACAUGCUGCCGGAGAGUGACUCGCACAGGGUGUUUGGCCAGAGGGAUAGGUCCUCUUUUAUCCCCUCUCCUCUGGAGCGCUACAGGCAGAUCCUCCUGCCCACACUCAGGCUGCUCCAGGUCAUCCUCACGUCCACCAGCACGCACCACCAGCAGGGGGCAGCGCAGGUGUUACAGUGGCUUAUAGUGCAUGCAGAUACCAUCCAGACAAUUCUGCGUGGUCAGGACAUGAGUAUGGGAGCUCUGCAGGAGCUGUCUCUGCUCACAGGCAUCAUCAGCAAGACGGCUCUGCCAGGUACUCUUGAAAUGGGAGAUAUAAACAGCACUGCACUGCUAGAGUUCCAGGGUCAUGUGGGCAGAUUCCAGCGCCAGUGUUUGUCUCUGCUGGGCCGUUUGGCGGGUACGGAGCGCUCGCGGCUCCUCAAGCAGGCGGAAGAGAGCAUUGCCGCUGGCGACCCUGCCGAUAGACGAGAGGAGCUUGAGGUUGCCAUGCAACAGAUCUGUGCUAAUAUAAUGGAGUAUUGUCAGACGCUAUUGCUGCAGAGCUCCUCAGAGGCUCAGUUCAGCAUCUGCCUCUUCAGCCCGGCAGCCAGUGAACCAGCGGCCAGGGACACUACACGGCCAGAUUUGGCGGUGCCCUCUGCCCCAUACACCCGCGUGGCCAGUCUGGGUCUAGUGCUCUACCUGCUGAAGACCAGUGCCGGAGACUUCUUCCGCUACCAUGACAGCCAUCGCCAGAGUCUCAACAAACUGGAGAGCCUCGAGCAACUUGCCCCAGAGGAGCUGAAGGAGCUUUGUCAGGCUAUAGUGACCGGUGCGGGUGUGGUGGAGAAGUUGCCGUCGGUGCAGAGGAGUCAGCUGGCCAAGCGCAGGCUGGUGCAGUUCGUCAACAACCGCGCCAAACUCAUGGCCCUCUGCUCCUACAUCAUUGAAGCAUGUCUAUUUGUUCUCUGGCGCCACCUGGAGUACUACCUACUCUACUGCACCCCAACGGACCCAAAAGACUCGCUGUUGCCAGGAUACAGAGCUGCCACAGGAGGGCGUGGUUUGGGUUUGGCUCAGGUCAGUCAGCAAGAUUUAGAACAGCUCCAGAGUGAUGUGGCUAGCAGCUUUAGUGAGCCCGUGCAGAGGAAACUCCUGGAAGUGGAGGGGCUCUACAGCAAAGGCCGCUCACGAUACACCUUCAUCCAAGCUCUCACACGCAGGAUCCGAGGGCUGGUGCAACAAACCAAGAGUUAACACACACACACACACAGACACACACACUAUCUUUCUCUCUCGCUUCUUCUCUCAUUCCCUUCAACACACAUUUUUACAAAGCACUCAUGAAAUUUGUACCUGGGAAUGAGAUUUCUGGCUUUGGAUUUAUCUAAAUAUUAGAAUUGUGCAUUAUGUACUGGGGAUUUUGUUGUUUUGCUAUUAUGUUAAAUAAAACGAUUUUCUAAAUUUAA